AAAAAUGAUUACCGUCUAAAAUGUAAAUCCGGGUCUCCUUUUCCUAUCCAUGGAGCAUCUUCUAUACUUCCAAUCAUCUCAAGCUCUCAAUUGAUAUUAUUUUUUAGAUUAGAUGAAGAUAACUUUCCCACCCAUCAAUUGAAAAUCUCCAAUCCUAUAAUAUUUUUUGAAAAUCUCAUGCGACAUCAUCAUCGUUGUUAUCGUCUUCUUCUAAUACAAUCAGUCGCACACAAAACGAGAUAAUGAGGCUCAUACACGGAUCAUCUUCUCAAAGCCUUAAUAACAACAUGUAACUAACCAAUUUCCCACUUAACAACUGAGCUCCACCGCUAUUAUCUUGAGAACGUUUCCUUAAUAUAAGAGAAGAUUAAAGAUUUCCCAUAUUAUCUUGAGAACGUCUCCUUAAUCAAGAAAAAUUCUUGAAUUUUGAAGGUAGAUCAUGUAGUCUUGAAGAUUUCAUAUAAGCCAUUGAACUUGUUGGCAGAUUCUGGUAAAUGUAGUCCCAAUGACACUUCUUAAUCGAUAUGCCAUCCGAAACAACCACCUUCACCAUCAUUUUUACCUGCAACCAGUUCGUACCUUUGUCGAUGCAAGAGUUAAAUGGGUCCGAGAUGCCUACCUUGACUUUGCUGUUGAAAAGGAGAAAAACCUCAAACCAAUACUUUCUCUCAAGAAUUUAAUCAUCUCCCAACCCUCUAAAGCCAUCCCUCUUUCUACUGCGUCCUUUUACAAAACCAUAUUCGAUCUCCCCAUUACCGCUACAAAUUUCUUCCAAAAGUACCCUUCUGUAUUUGAAAUCUUCCAACCCUCCAAACCAUUUUCCCACCCUCACGUUAAACUCACUCCACAAGCUUUAACUGUACACAAUGAAGAAUCAAAGAUUUUGAACUCUUCCAGUUACCGUAAAGACGUGGCUGAGAGAUUAACAAGACUGUUAAUGCUCACACGAGCAAAAAAGCUUCCUUUAGAUAUUAUUAAUUUGAUGCGUUUUGAUCUUGGCUUGCCUCAUGAUUUUAUCCUCACACUUCUUCCCGAAUUUCCUGAAUAUUUUCAGAUUUGUAAUAUGGAUAAUAAUUCAACGGGCUCUGUAGUGUUCGGUCUAGAAUUGGUCUCGUGGAGAGAUAAUCUGGCAACCUCAGUGUUGCAGAGAAAAACAAUGGAGGAAUCUUAUGGUGUUAAAAGGCAAAUCCCCAUUAAGUUUCCAAUAAAUUUACCAAAAGGGUUUGAUUUAGAAAAGAAAGUAAGAAUCUGGGUGCACGAAUGGCAGAAUCUGCCUUAUAUAUCACCAUAUGAAGAUGCAUUCUUCUUGUCACCCAACAGUGAUCAAGCCGAGAAGUGGACAGUGGCUGUAUUACACGAGUUGCUGCAUCUUUUUGUAUCGAAGAAGACAGAGAAGGAAAACUUAUUGGCUUUAGGGGAUUAUUUGGGAUUUGGGCCGAGGUUUAAAAAGGGGUUGGUGCACCAUCCAGGAAUCUUUUAUGUUUCAAACAAGAUCAGGACACAAACUGUGGUUUUACGGGAAGCUUAUAAGAAGGAUCUCUUGGCUCAAAGACAUUUGUUAAUGGGAAUGAGGUAUCGGUAUCUGCAUCUUAUGAACCAGAGUAUCAAUGUAAAGAGAAAAUAUGGACUUCUAGUUAGUUGCGGUAACCAACGCAUGGGUUCUUUUAUCAAGGGAGCUUAACAAGAAGUUCUAAAUGCGAGUUUGAUAAUGCUAACUGUGAAACAUUGCUGGAAACGUAGACAUGGAAAUGUAGGUGAUAUGUGUAAGGGCAACAUAGUUGGAAUCCUGGAUUGAUGGAUAAUCCACAUUCUGAAAUCCUUAACAUCAAUUUCGUAUGACAAGGAAGCUUAUAUGCAGGAGUUGUAACCCUUCUAUUUGUGAAUGAGCUGAGUUGGGUUGUGUUUAGUAAUGGUUCAUACAGGUAAAUCAGAAAGUAUUUAUAAUAUGAAACGGGUCAAAGAGGUUGAAUGAUGUCCAACAUAUAUACUUAAUGCAUUAAUUCCUUUUGGGAUGUGUUUUGAAGAUCGCAUUCCCUUUUGUGGAAAGGAUUUUAGCUACUUGUCCGUUGUCAUCGUCAGCACAUAACUAUAGAUGUUUAUAAAUUCAGGUAUUUCUGUAUCUAUGUUGUUUGAAUAUUACUAAAACUCUUGCUUAAAA